UUUGCUGCUAUGCCAGAGAUUCUACACUGCAUUUCACUGUACUACUUACUGUGUGCAAUGACAAUUAAGUUGUACCUAAUCUAAUGUGAAAAUAAAAUAUCAGUCUUUGGAAGCACAUCUAACCCUCCACAGUAUGAAUAACACCAAUAACGAGCAAAUUAUGGCUCAUGGAUAUAAUAUGCUGCUUUGUUUUUGGAUGUAUUCAGAAGAACACGUUAAAUCAUGCUCUGUAAGGAGUGUGUGUUUACCCAUGAGCAAGGGGUGGCAUCAGUCUCACCACCAAGAGACUGGACACAUUAUCAGGACUGUUGACAGUUGUUUUGUGUGUUAAGUAUGUGCACAGUGUGAAUUGAAUUAAGGCCACAGUAUAGGCUAGUGCAGUGAAUGUAAAGCUGAUCCUGAGAUGAACUGGAGUGUGUUGCAAGUUUAUGGCAGAGGCAGAGAGCAGCUGCUGCGACUUUAAGCCCGUUGUUUGGGAUGGGCUGAAUUCAUAACGUCAUUUCAGCUCUCUUUCUUUUAUUCUUCGUCCUCUCAUCUUCUUCCUUCUCUAAAUGACACAGUCCGUCGUGCUCCGCUACACCUCCGGCCAUAUUCUACUAAGAAUGAUUAUUCCGAACUUUCUCUGUGUUUUUCUCCCUGCGGGGCAUUUUUACUGGGCCUCAACUUUUCUGGCGUGUCAUCAUUUCUGGAGUUAACGCGGCAGAGUCAUCCGAGGCGACUGGAGCUCUCUCAUAUCUGGAUUCUUUACAAACCCAGUUAAACAGUCCAGGAAAUUCAGCGUUUUCUCUAACGCGGAGACACGGCUGCUCAACUGUAUAAGAGGGGGAGAGCAUGUAGAAAUCUGCCAAAGACCAUGACGACGCUGUGGAAAUUAAAAUGUUCAGCCCAGGGAUGUUUAUGCUAACGCACAGCCUGGUCUGAUUCACCUUCUUCUCGCCACAAUGAUGUUUUCUUCUCUCUCUCUGUCUCAGUUUCAACAAUUCCCAGCUGCAGUUGCUGUCCUUGUGCAGAAUAGGACAGACAGUGAUAUCAAUCAGAUUAAUAUCAUGAGCAGGAUGAGUUUCAUCCGUUCAUUGAGGCUCUGCUGCCCCAGGUCCGUGCCUUCGCCUACACAUGGUUCAACCUCCAGGCCAGGAAAAGGAAGUACUUCAAAAAACAUGAGAAAAGGAUGACUAAAGAAGAAGAGAGAGCUGUCAAAGACGAACUGCUUGGGGAGAAGGCAGAGGUGAAACAGAAGUGGGCCAGUCGUCUUUUAGCCAAGUUAAGAAAGGACAUUAGACCUGAGUGCAGAGAAGACUUUGUCCUGUCAGUCACUGGGAAGAAAGCUGCGUGUUGUGUCCUGUCGAACCCUGACCAGAAAGGCAAAAUGAGACGCAUAGACUGUCUCCGACAAGCUGACAAGGUGUGGAGGUUGGACCUGGUGAUGGUCAUCCUGUUUAAAGGAAUCCCAUUGGAAAGCACAGAUGGAGAGCGGCUGGUGAAGGGAGGCCAGUGCUCCAAUCCAGUCCUCUGUGUCCAGCCUCGACACAUCUCUGUCUCCAUCAAAGAGCUCGACCUCUACCUCGCUUACUAUGUACAAGAGAGGGAGGCAGAGCAGAGCAGCAGUCCGAGUCGUACAGGAGUGGGCUCUGAUCAGGAGGACAGUCGAACCGCCACCAUGGGUAAUAUGAAUUAUGGUCCAGAGUUCCAGGAGAGUUUUGUGACAUCAGGAGUUUUCAGUGUUACUGAGCUGGUCCAAGUCUCAAGAACUCCAGUAGUCACAGGAGUAGGACCUAGUUUCUCUAUGGGGGAGCUGCAGGGUCAUCUGGCCUACGACCUCAACCAAUCUGUCAACCAGCCAGUCAGCCUCAGACGAUCACUGGCCAGCACCUCAUCCAGCGGGAGUAAGCGUCAUAAGUCUGGCUCUAUGGAGGAAGAGGCUGACAGUCCAGGAGGGGACUAUUACCACUCACCUUCCUCUCCUGCCAGCAGCUCCAGAAACUGGACUGAUGACAUGGAAGGAGGUCUAUCUCCUCCAGUGAAGAAGACAGAGCUGGACAGUCCUUCUCCCCAGGAAGACUCACCGAGACUGGGGUCCUUCACUCAGCACCACCGGCCAGUCAUAGCUGUUCAUAGCGGUCUGUCACGGAGUCCCCACCCCUCCUCAUCUCUUCAUUUCCCAUCCUCCUCCUACUUCCCCCACGGAGCAAUCCGCUAUCCUCCUCACCUGGCCCAGGACCCCUUAAAAGAUCUGGUCUCUUUGGCCUGCGACCCUGCCAAUCAGACCCCCAGCUCACUGAAUGGCAGCAACCAGGUUAAAGUGCCCAGUCACUACAUCUCCUCUCAAAUGUUGGUACCCCCUGGGCCAGCACCCUCCCUGGCUCCUCCUCCAUCCUCCCUCCCCAGGCCAACACUGUCUGCAGAGUCCAAGGCCCCUACCACCUCCUCUGAUGGGGGAGCAAACUCCCCCACAUCACCCAUCUUGGUAUCUGGGCAACUGAGUGAACUCUGGAGAAAGGGUGAUUGUCAUGGCAGUUCUGUCCUGGAGGAAAGGAAACAAUGUUGUCAAGACAUUGCCAGAGAAAAAAUAUAUUCAGCUUUGUAGAAGCAUAACGUGUGGUCAUACCUAUAUAUAAAUAUAUAGUGAAAUAUAUUUAUAUAUGUGUAUGUACCCAGAAGAGACAGCCUUGAUGGAAGUAGGAUGCUUCUCUCACUCAGCCAUUUUGCAGCCCCAGAAUGAACUAUGCUAUAUGACACUAAAUGGCCACUAACGUGAGCUGUGAUUUUCAAGUGAAAGCAGUGGAUUGAUGCAGAUGUCUGGUUGGCCCAGAUGAGCUGCAGACCAGACCCAGUUCUCAACCCACCAGAUCCUAAGAAGCUUGUAACCUAACUGUGUCCCCAGGAUGAGGCCUAUUUCCCCGGGACGGAUGUCAGCCUUUGCCUCUCUACCCUGAGUCUCCACACUAAAUCCAGUAUAAGGCCUCCUCCCUGGGACGGACAUAGACCUCAUCCCCCCUCAAAACCCAGAAUGCCCCUCUCCGCUGCAGGUGCUGCUUAUUAUAUAUGCAAAUAAGCCUCCCUUAUUUUCUGAACGACAAGAAAGAGAGAUCCUAUUGUUAAUAUGUAAUGUUUCUUUGCACUUUUUAAUAUGUUAUUGAUACGCCUGAAGAAAAUGAAGAGUUGAAACAGUGCAUUUUUUCUCUCUUCCAACCAAAAGACCGAGGAUUUGUCUUUUUUAUUGACAAUCAUCAGCCUGAAACCAUUAAGUUGCUUUGAGAGGCUCAUGUUUCUAAGACUGUUUGAUUGUGCUUUUUUAUCAGACAACAAUGAGUAAUUGUGGAAUAUAAGAGCUAUAUUCAUGCCUUCUCCAACACAACACACAAUCACAAUGCUACAGUCAGAUGCACAACCCUUGGCCGUUUGGAAGAAACAUGCCGCUGCCACAGGGAAACAGCUCAGCAGAACUGAGAAAAAGCAAAGACACAUUUAAACCAGGGUCAUGUGGCAGCACAGCCAGCAGUAAACAGGCUGCUGGGGCUGACUGGGCUCAAUGUGUUUGAAACUGUAGCAUGGUGUGGAGUGUGUGUGUGUGUGUGUGUGUGUGUGUGUGUGUGUGUGUGUGUGUGUGUGUGUGUG